AUGGUAAUGUGGAAGCGUCUUGUUCCCACCGCCGUGGCGGCGCUGGCUGCCAGCGGGGUGAGCGCAGCGAGCUACGACGACAUUCCAGACAUCGAGGUCUAUGGACAACAUUUCUUCUACACAAACAAUGGCUCGCAAUUUUAUCUCAAGGGUGUCGCAUACCAGCAGAACUACUCUCCCAAUGGCUCAACAAGCGCCAAUACCAAGUACACUGACCCGCUUGCCGAUGGCGACGCCUGCCGACGAGAUAUUCCCUACCUCAAGCAAAUCUACACAAACAUCAUCCGCGUGUACGCUAUCGACCCGACUCAAAACCAUGACGACUGUAUGGAGCAACUGGCCAGCGCAGACAUCUAUGUCAUCUCCGACUUGGGCGAGCCCGGUACAUCCAUCGAGUCAAACAACCCAGAGUGGGAUGUCACGCUUUACCAGCGAUACACAGGCGUCAUCGAUGCGCUGAGCAAGUACCGAAACGUCAUUGGUUUCUUUGCUGGCAAUGAGAAUGUUAGCAGCGACAACCAGACCGCCGCUGCCGCAUUCGUCAAGGCUGCUGUCCGUGACACAAAGACAUAUAUCAAGAACCAGAACUACCGCAGCACUUUGGGAGUGGGCUAUGCAACUGCCGAUGUACCGUCUCGCGACGAGCUUGCGCACUACUUCGCAUGCCAGCCCGGCAACGCGGGUAACACAACCUCGAUCGAUUUCUGGGGUUACAACGUUUAUUCUUGGUGCGGUGACAGCAACUACGCAAGCUCUUCCUACGGCGAGCGCGUCCAAUUCUUCUCCGAUUAUCCGGUGCCCGUUUUCUUUGCUGAAUACGGUUGUAUCGAGGGUCUUAGCAGCCCCACAAGCCGUCCAUUUACUGAGGUCGAAGUUUUGUACGGCAACAUGACCGACGUCUUCUCUGGUGGUAUCGUCUACGAGUGGUUCAUGGGCGAAAAUGACUACGGACUCGUUUCAUUGGCUGAUAACGGCGCAAGUGUGUCUCCAUACCCCGACUUCACGUCUCUACAAAGCCAGCUUGCUUCCGUUACUCCGACCACCACGCAGCGCUCCGAGUACACACCUACCAACUCAGCACCCGCUUGCCCUUCAGUUGGUGGAACUUGGCUCGCGCAAGCUUCUCCGUUGCCUCCCAACGUGAACCCUCAGCUAUGCGCGUGUAUGGUAGACAGUCUACAGUGUGUCUACACGUCCGAUGACGACGACGCUUACGCCGACGACUUCAACUACAUCUGCGGCGAGAACGAGGAUUACUGCAGCGGAAUUGCGCGCAACUCUACAACUGGCGACUAUGGUGCCUACUCUGGCUGUGAUCCCAAGGACCAGCUCGCUUUCGUUGCAAACCAGUACUACAUUGGUCAGAAGAAGCGCGCAGAUGCCUGCAGUUUCUCGGGUAGGGCAAGCACACAGAGCGCAUCGACUGCGAGCGGUUGUGCCUCGUUGCUGAGUGCUGCGGGCAAGAACGGUGACGGCACCGUACCCACUGCUACAGGCAAGGGCACAGCAGCUGUGAACGGCGGCAGUGGUAGUGGUGGAGCAGCAAGCUCCAGUAAGUCCGAGGCUGCUGCUCCUAGCGUUAAUGCCCCUGGCUUCUUUGCCCAUGGUGAUUUGAUCAUGGGUGCAUACGCUGUUCUGGCAGCGGGAAGUUUGCUGGGCAUGCUUGUACUAUAG